AUGGAGUGGUGUAAUUGGAUCCCCGCUAAAGUUAACAUUCACAUGUGGAGGUCGGAAAUGGAUAGAAUCCCUACGGCUGAAGCGUUAAAGAAAAGAAACGUUCAGUGGUUACCAGAUCCGAAGGGGGAAUUUUCAGUCAAAGCCGUGAAAAAGUUACUGUUCGAGGAGGCGGGACAAGGAAUUAUCUUCACUAUGGAGUGGUGUAAUUGGAUCCCCGCUAAAGUUGACUUUCACAUGUGGAGGUCGGAAAUGGAUAGAAUCCCUACGGCCGAAGCGUUAAAGAAAAGAAACGUUCAGGUCAGUGAUUCUUCAUGUAUGUUGUGCAACUCAGCCGAAGAAACAACAGAGCACAUCUUCAUUGCAUGUCAAGCCGCGACGAUCGUUUGGAACGGAAUUAGCACUUGGUGUAAGAUUCCUAAUAUCUUCGCUUUCUCGAUUAAAGAUCUUCUUGGUAUUCACAAAGAGAUUAGAGGUUCAGAGAAGAAGAAGGACGCGAUUCAAGGAAUUAAAUCGAUUGUCUGUUGGAGUUUGUGGCGAGCUAGAAAUAACGCUAAAUUUUCCAACAUCCCGGUUAGGAUAGAAAAUAUAUUGAGUGAGGUUAAAGCCUUAGGUUUUCUUUAUUUUUCAAGUAGAUCAAAACACAAAGGAUAG